CAUUCGUUUUGUUUGUUCGUUGCUUGUCGUGUUUUUGUCUUCUUGUGGUUAUUUUUGCUUCAUUUUAUUUUAAUUUAGUGCUUGAACUAUCACUGUAGAAUUACUCAAUAUUAUAUGUGUAAAAAAAGAAAGUGUUAUACUGUGCUAUCUACUACUUCACUUCUAUUAACUGGUGCAAGUUUUAGUUUAUUAUUCAGAUUUAAAUUAAAAUAUUUUCGCCGAUAUGUCUUCAAUUCACGAGCAUUUGAAUAAGAUCAGGGAAGAGAGAAUUGCCCGCGAGAAGGCGAGAAUUGAAAAGUUAAGGGAACUGAAUCUCAAGAAAUACAAUAAGAAUGAACCGCCGCCACCACCAAAAUCUGUCUCAACCAUAUCCAUUGCCAAAACAGACACGAAAAAGACCAACUUCGGUCUCCCAAAAAACAAUUUCCAUGUUAAUGGUACUUCUAAAAGACCUAUCACUGCUCCGGUGACAUAUAACAAAAAAACUGACGUAAAUAAAACUACAAGUACUUACAGGCAGAGUAUUUCAAUGACUAAUACUAGGAAUGAAGUAAAAACUAUUAAUAAUGUUAAAAAAAAUAUGACUAAUGUUGAGGCUAAAAAAAGUGAUGGGAAACUUACUACUGUAUCUGAAAUAACAGAUAAUAAACAGACAGUAACACAUAUCGAAAGUAAACUUGUUGAAAAUGGCGUAAACAUUACGGAAAUCGCCCAAACUUCAGUAACGGUAGAACAUGUUCAAGAAUCCAUACAGAUUGAGUUGAAAUCAGGUGAUGCUGCUGAUAAACAUCCUGAUAAGACUGCUAACGGCGUGAGUUAUGCACCAAAACCUGAAAGAAAAACGAUCAAUUUCAUUGAAAACAAUAAAAAAAUUGAGAAAAAACCGAAUGAUAUAAAGAAUAAGAACGCUAAAGGGGAUGCUAGAUUUAAUAAUAACAAGAUAAUUAGUUAUAAAAACGAACCAAAAUCCGCCAGAAAAAGUUUCGCGCCAAAAUUUGAGCCGACAAAAGCUCUCAAUCCUAAACCGACAGAGAAUUCUAGAAAGAGCAUUCAGCCAAAAACAUCGCAAAGCGCGACUAAACCUAACCCAAACCGACAAUCUGUUUUCGAGAGGCUGUACCAACCGAAAAUGGUUGCAAAAAAACAAAUCACUGACUCGGAAAAACUGCAAAACGACCCUAGUUUUCUUAAGAAAGUUAUCAAAAACACUGGACUGAUUUUGAGUAAACGCCACACAGUCUUCGAGCAUACAAAGGAGCGCUCACAACCACCGGUGCGCCGGUCGAUAUCGGCUGUACAUUUUAGAAGAAUAAGCAAGAAUGAACUAAGCAAUUGCUUCCAUAAAUGGUCUUCAAUUGGUGACAAAUUAGACCAAGUCCAUCUUUCUGAUAUCAACGAAGACGCAGCUGUGAAGGGUGACAAGAUCGUUUCCGCUGUCAAAAGCGAACGUAAGAAAGUUAAGUUCCACACUCCAACUCCUAACUUCAACACUCCUAAGCCGGAAGAGCUGCAGGCUAGGCUGAAGAAUUGGCUCCAAAAGCGCGGGAAGUCACUAGACUCCUACCAUCACUUGCAAUGUUUUGGUCUGCACCAUCUACAGCAUGAAAUUAAGCCGUUGAACCUUGAAGCUGAACCGUUUGAUUUCAACGACAACGAUGAAGACAAGGAAAACCAGCCGUUAGAGUCAGAUAGUGACAAUGAUUCGUAUGAAGAAAAUAUGAAUGUUAAAGAGGAUGAGAUGGCUAAACACAAAUGGCGUAGAGCUAGUAUUGUGUCAGAUAGUGUGGAUUUCAACGAGACACAAGAUUCAAUGAGGACUCCGUUAGAAAUGCAUCAUGUUGAUGAAUUGCUCUUGGGGGCUCUCAACGACUUGACUGAGCUGCUUCGUGAGGGCUUCGACUGGGAGCAAUGCGCUCGCUGGCUGCGCGCCAUCAGGGACCGGUUUCCCUCCGCCCCUGCCACCGCCGCGUACUGGGAGUGCCGCGCCGCGCUGGAGGAGCGCCGCGGGGACCUCUCGGCCUCCGUGCACUGCUGGCAAGAAGCUGUCGCUAAGGGGACCGAGCGCUCAGUAGUGGAAGCGAAUCUGGACCAGCUUCUGGGCAAGUUCAUGCAGCUGAAGAUCAGUCCCAACACUGGGAAGAAGAAGCUGCCCGACCCCAAGAUGGUGGACGUGAAGAAUGUCUUCAAGAGCACCCUCAUCAGAUUCGCCGUUCAACAGGCUAACUUACGUCACACCCAGGAGCCUCCGAAGUACACAGUGACCCCAGUGAGGCGCAGCGGCCGGCUAAGCGCCCAUUGGAGCGCCAAGAGGACCCCCUUACAAGUGGUGUCGACUGUUCGACAGGCGGGGUUACUAGGACACCCCCUUGUGUUUGUACCCAAUGAUAAACUUAGCGAGACCCCUUAGUAAAAAAAACACAAACGUAACAAGCCUAAAACAAAGUAACAUCCAUCGUAAUAUGAACUAAGUACCCACACCAGCGAGCUUUUUUU